CAACAAGAGUUACCAUUAAAGAACAAAUUUGUUUACUACUUUACAUUACUCUAGAUCUAGAAAGAAUACAAUUUUGACGUACUGUCACAUAGAAUCUAGAUUUAGACUAGAUGGAUCGGUAUUUAAUAAAAACCAAACGAAAAAAAGAAGAUAAGGAAAUACGCCAUAUUCCUUCUACAUCGGGCUUAAAACAAAGUACAAUUCAUUCGUUAAAGAGAGUGGUGGUGGUGGAAGACAUUAAGAGGCUGAAGUCGAAACUUGUGUUACCAAAUCAGAGCAAGUCUGUCAUGAUAGAAUCAUUGAAAGCACUUGGCAUGAAAAUUCCUUCCAAAGAAGUGUUGCAGUCUACUAAAAUUGGUCACACAGUGAAAAGACUAAAGCAACAUUCAGAUGAAGACAUUGCCAGAGAAGCCAAAAGGGUCUAUAUCAAAUGGAAAGAUUUUUUCUUAGAAGGCAAGAACCGUCCACCGAUAGAAGUCAAAUGUGAUAAAAAAUCUGAAACUUUUAGAAGUAAAGGAAAAGCUUUGUUAGCUGAAUCACUUACAGUUGAGGAAGACCAUGUUCUUGUUGAUGCCAUUGAGAGAGAAACUUUCCACCAGCACAAACAGUUAUUUAGCUCUGAGUACAGGAGGACUCUAAGGACAAUAGUGCUGAAGUUAAAACACAAUCCAGACUUAAGGCAGAAGGUAUUGGAUGGCCAGAUUUCUGUGGAGAUGUUAGUCAAAGACUUCAAGAAGAGAUAGCCAAAGCUUGUGAAUGUUUUCGGUAGGAUGCACAUAGAUAUGUCCUUAGUUGUAAAUAUAUUUUUAUAUGACGAUUAUUGUUUUUAAUACUGUAUUUUUUUUCUUUUUGAUCUAAAAUAUUAACUAGUAUUUUAUGGCUAACCAUUUAGCCAUUAAGCAGUUGUCUAAGAGAAGGGAUAUAACUCUGUAUCUGUUAUUUUUAAAAAUCUAUUUCAAUUCACAGAAAAAAAGUAAUAAAACCCCUCAAAAAAUCUUCUUUUUAUAAUACAGAAAUAUAGACCUAGGGAUCAUCAUGUUUCAAGUCUUAAAUAGGCCUACAGAGCUCAAAAACAUUAAUUAUUAAUUAUCAAGUCAGAUUUAGUUGCCUUCUGAUAUCCCAUUUGACUAGAUCUAACAUAACACUGGAUCUAAAAAUCGAUUUUUUCUUCAUUUUCACUACUGUCUCAAAUGGCUCUAAAUCACUUACCCCAACCUUUAUUUUCUUAUUUUACUGCCAAAACAUUAAUAUUCAUUUAAAGCCUACACAUUAGCCUAAAUAUGUUCCAUUUUUGUAGGGUAGCAAACAAACAACAUAAUUUAAAAAAAUCAUAAAUAUACAUUCCAACAUGCUGCAGAUACCAAACACAUAUAAAUACCUAAAAAUAGUGUCACUAUCGCUCUCUUAGGUCAGAGUUUGUAAAGGUAGAAAUAGUAAUUUUAAAAAAAGCAUUGCGUAAAUGAAACAACCCAAAAUCGAUGAUUGUCUGCGACUCCCAGUGAUUCUAGUUUUGAAAUGGUUGAUACAAACAUCUGGCUUUGACUUAAUUAAUUCAAAGGGUUCAGAGAGCUAUUAAUAAAUUUCAGUUGACGUCUGAUCAAAAUAUUUAAAAGAAAUAUUUUGUUUAGUUGAAAGGGGAACAUCUAUUCAAAUUUAUAGGCUUUCAUAAGAUUACAUCUCUGGUAUUUUUUUCACUGGUGAUUGUUUUUGUCUGGUUAUGUAUGUAAACACAACUAUUGGUAGCAUAUAUUCUGCAGAGAUAAUUUUACCCAUUAGCUCCUUCUGCAGUUGGAAACGUUUUCCCGUUUUUGUCCUAAACCGUUGUAGAACGUUUCUAAAACCCCCCUAUUCAAUAUACUUGAUUUAAACUUUUUAAAAACAAGAUUUCUUCUAGUCUCGUAGCAAGCGUGAUUACAAUUAAUUUUGGAGAUUACCGAUUCUAUUUUUAAUAAAAUCGGAAAGGUUUUUAUUUUUUAAAUAAUUUUUCAAAUGAACAGGCCCAUAGCCCCAGUGUAUAAGCCCCCACAUGGGAAAAUGACUAUUUUUGAAGUUUUUUAUAUUCUAGUGGUAUUAAACGUAUAUAUUUUUUAAAACUAGACAUAUAGUUCUAUUUUUUUAAGUUAUUUGUUUGUUUAUAUGUAUUAGAUCUUCAAUUUGAUUAUUUUUUGCAAAAUAAAUAUUUUUUAGGAUUUUUUAAAUACGGAGUUAUCCCUCCUUGCUUAGGACUUUGGAGGGGGUUUUUUGAACCGGAAAUAGGAGCUAUUGGGUUAAUUUUCAAAUUUUGCUUGGAAACAAUUUCAAAAGAAAGGAAAAAAUGUGAGAAACAUCAUUAGCAAUGUCCAGGUUCAACAUCGCAUUAUGAUUGUUCUGUUUUAUUAACUACUAUUAAUACUACUUCUGCAGGGGUACUUCAUAUAAUUUUGAUCCACUUUGAUAUUGAAAAUCAAAAUAAUGAAAUUGAGGUAAAAUGUUAAUUAUUUUUGUGUGUGCAAUUCAGCUAAACUUUUAUUUGUUUGUGAAUGUACAAUUUAGAGUUGCAAUGUGAGCUUAGAAUGUAGGCCAAAAGCACCAGCCAUUAAAAAAAAUACUUUUAUAUAUUGUAUGAUUGCUGUCUAUGCAAUGUUUGCUAGAAUUAAAAUGGGAUAGAAUAAAAUCUAGGAUAGUUUCCCCUUGUUAACAUUGAGUGUUUUUCUUUAUUUUGCUUCACUUAGAUGGAAAUGUUACUGUAUUUUUAUUAAUCUAUUUAAUAUUCCAUUGUAUGUAUUUUUGCAAUGUAAUAUUUAUUCUGUUAUAUGAAUACUUGGAAACAUGUUAUAAAAAAAUGUAAUGUAAUUUGGAACUUAAAAUGCUCACUAUGUUAAUAGAAAAAAAAUGUGUACGAUUUGGUGUCUCUUUUUUAAAAAUAAUUUUUCGGAAUCCAAAAUGAAUCCCAAAAUUUGUUCUGAAAAUCCCCUCGGUUCGGAAGCCUGGCACUUAAGCACUCAGUCACCCCACCUUUUGUUGGUAUAUAGAUGAACUAUUACAGUAUUGUUUUCUGCGCUAUAUCUACUUUUGAGUAAUCAAUUAAUUUUUCAUUAUAUUUUUAAAACCUUUUAAUUGGUGGCAAAUUCUUGCUUGAAUCCGAAAUUUUAGGGAAAUUUUCUUUGCAAAAGUAAUUUUUAAAUAAUUUUUUUUAGACAUUAUUAAAUACCUAAUUACAUAAAUAUUGUAUCUUACAGAUCUGGGUAAUGUUUUGUAAAAAUUCUAGUUGAAUCUUCUGUCUGUCUUGCUGGGGUAAAGCUAUUUGCCUGGUUCAUAAGAUUUUGUACCAUUUGCCCAGCAUUGGCCCUUGCUACUUGCACGCCAUAGAUAAACAAGUUAUUAUAAAUGAUUUAUUUACUAAACCAUAUGCCAGAACAAAUAAUUAUAAGAAUUUUUUCUUCCCAAGCAAAUAGGUUUUUCCCUGAGCUAGCCUGGCAAUGAAUUAAUGAAACUUAAAUUUACAAAAAAAAAAUUAACAAAAACUGAUGACAAAACACAUACAGAGAAAACGACGUUGUCCAUUGGUUAAAACCAUAAAAAAUAUUUUUUAAACCACAAAGCAUCAUUUGUACUACUAAGAUAUUACCUCAAGACAGCACUAGACUAACAAAUUUAUACAAGUGCUCCUUCCUCCCUAGUGCCAUUAGAUAAUGGAUUGGGUUGCCUGAAUCAGCCAGGAAAACCAACGACCUAGCAGAGUUUAAAUUAUUGAUUAACAUGCAUGACUAGAUUGACACAUGAAAUGUCUAGGACGUAAUUAUCUGCUGUUUUGAUGUUAUGCAUAUACAAGACAAGAGAGUCACAUGACUUUAAAACCUUUUAGGCUUGGGAUGAGUAUACUAGAUUUAGGUUGUUUGAUCUUUAUCUAGGCAUAAGGUAGCUAGAAUUAGAAACUUAAAUUUAGUUAAUUUGAUUUUGUGAGAUGUCUUCUGGAUAGUGAGUUUCUUCAGAAGUUCCUUUAAUUGAUGUUUAAACCUGGUGUGGUUGGCUUGGAGUCACUCCAAUCACUAUUCCUAAAAUAUUUUUUCCCAAUUAAAGUAAAGAUUUCUUAAUUUUUAAAUGUUCGAAAGCUUUUUAGGGUAUCUACUUCUUGCACCCCUAUCUCCAAUAGCAACAAGGAUGUGGUUUAAAAAAAAAUUACUCAACAAAAGAAGGAAGCAGGAUAGGAUAACAAUGAAGAUGCACGAAAAGAGAUUUUGUUGUUGUUGUGAUGUAGUCUGUAUUUCAUUUAGACUACAUCGUCUGGACCCCAUACGGUUGUUAUUACUGGAAGUGGUAAUGGUAAGCACUCAUGCCUAUAAAAAACUUCCAAUGGCAUGCAGUUUGUAUUGCCUCUGACAAAUAGUCUAACUUCUGGCCUUAACAUGUGGCUCAGAUAUAGUAAAGUUCCCCUUUCAGAGCUUGUGGUCUAUAGGGCAGAUGAUGUAAAGGUCAUCUGUUUCUCUGGCCUAUGGUUAAUGAGGGUGUCAUGUGGCCAGCACAACGACCAACUGCCUUUACUUUCCCCAACUAAUGUCAGGUACCCAUUAGAGCUGGGUGGACUCAGAGCUGCCCAACGAUCUCAAAAUAAAAAAAUCCGGGGAUUUAAACGCGGUACCUCUGGUUUGGAAUCCAAGUGCUUUACCGUGCAGCCUCCGUGCCUUCGGCUCAGAUAUAGGGUCUGGAAGAACAUUUUUCCAAACCAUUAAGCAGGAGGGGCUCAUAAGCCUUGGCUGGCUUCCCCACACAGAAGAAAGAAAACUCUUAAUUCAAACCUCUGCUCAUUGUAAAGCUAUCUGCCUGGUUCAUAACAUUUUAUACCAUUUGCCCAGCAUUGGCCCUUGCUACUUGCACGCCAUAGAUAUACAAGUUAUUAUAAACAUGAGAAAGGCUUUCGGAGUCAAACCAGCAGCUUGCAGCAUGUAGUGCUACACCCAAAUUCUUUUUUUAAAUGACACAAAAAGCUUUAAAUUUUUUAAAAAUAUUUUUUUACCAUUUCUAUGCAUUGUUUGAAAAAUCAAAUUAAUUUGUGUAAACAUCUUAAAAAUAUAAUUUGACUUAAAAUUAGACUAAACAUAGUAUUCACAUGAAGCAAAUAAUAAACACUUACAGAUAUAACAGUACGGUAGCACUCACAGAUAAUGAAUGGUAGAAAUAGUUGAAACAAAAAAUACACAUAGGUAUAAAUUAUUUUAGAAAUCAGAAUUUAUAUUUCUUAGAAAUGCAAGGCAGGAAAAUGAAAAAAAAAAGGCUUCUUUUUCCCCAGCGUACUUAAAUUGGUAGUUGCCUACUGACUUUGUACUUAAUGUUGUGACUAGGCAUAGCAGGGUUUGAUUCAGAGAUGAUUUUAUAGUUACUAUUCGACAGCUGUUCUGGGUUGGACACCUUUGCCAUUAGGUGAUGGCCGCAUGCCUAAGGCAAUCUUUAUCGACAGGCUUAAAAGAGUACAGAGGUGUCUCCAGACUAACUCAGAAGUCUGUUUGCCCUCACUGGCCUAUGAGAAAGCAGCUGGCAGCAUAUGGCUUCUGAAAGACAGCUGGGGAGCUCUCACAAAGCUCACAGGACAGACAUUUGAGAUCUAAAAAAAAAGAAGCUCUUUGCUGAAAACAGGUGCAGACAAUGAAACAUGUGCAUCAGAUGUGGCCAAAUAUGUAACUGGGGUCAUGAAAUGCUAGCAGUCAUUCUAAAUCUUGGGAAACAAAAGACAAUACCUUAGAUGUAAUUGAUCAUGAAAUAAAUAAUUAUAUAACAUGCUUAAAGUGUAAAUAAUAUUUAAAAGAGAGUCAGACAAAAACUGGCCUGAUAAGGGAUAAUAUUUCAUUCAUCUAUUUUUCGCAAUCCAAAUGAAUCAUGUUAGUAUUACUUCAGUUUGUAAGUUUCUCAAUAAUUCAUUGGGAAAUACAAAUAUUUUUAACUUCUUUGUCUUAUUUGACAUUUUAAAUUGGUAACAUUAUUUAAAUUCACAGCCGCCUAACUCAUCAGUCAGUUACAGCAUUUCCAACAGAAGCAUGUAAAACUGCUUUAAUCAUGAAUAGAGCAAUCCAAUAAUACCGAAAAACUGUUUUGAAGAGACUUGCAAGCAAUUUAGAAUUUCAGCAUUAGAUUUACAUACUAAGGAAUUCGUUUACUUGUAAAACAAAGUCAUACACCCAGGCAUAUAUACAAUUUUAUUACACAUGCUUUAUUUAAUGAAGAAUUUUAUGAUAUUGUCAAACAUAAAACUAAUGUACAAAUGAUGAGAAUAGUUUGCUAGGAGAAAUGGACAGAGAAUGAUAAUACUGUUUAAUGUAAAAGAAAUAAACAAAACCAAGAGUUGUCAUGAGUUUUUUUCAGCCAUAGUCUUUAGAACAACUGUCUAACAGAUUUAUCGCCUUUCAAAGAAAACAUUUCUCAUGGCUCGGUUUCGCUGAGUAGAGACCAUGGGUGGAUGAUGCUGAGAAAGAGCUUGACUUCCUGUUUGAAUUGAAGGCAAGCUGACAUCUUGAUAGUAAUUUGGAUAGGACUUGUCACUGAAAAAUUGUGAAAAUAACUUCAGGUAGACAUAAACAUGAUAUUCAUGUACAUACAAGGUAUAUAUAUAUAUAUAUAUAUUUGGAUAAUAAACUGAAUUUCUUUUGUGCCAUGCAAACUGCCUUAUAUUCUGACAAAUAUUAAUUAUGGUAUGCCUUUUAAUAAAUAAUUAACAACUUGUUUGAAAAUAUUUCAUUAUUUAAACAAACAGAGGCUACUGAGUAUGCAUGGAUUUCUUUUUUCAUUUCCUGCUCCUCUUUUUUUUAUAGUCAAAUGUGGAGGUUGGUCAAAAGUUGGAAUGGAUUAAAUAACACAAAUUAAAUAAUUUAUUUCAAGCUAAAAUUUUGCACAUUAUAUUACAGUUUGUUAGCUCAGUUGACAGAUAAUCGCAUAUAAUACAAAUAAAUAAAUUAUAUCUUUUAUAUAGCGCUACUUUCAUGAAAACUCAGAGCACUUAUGGUCCAAUCUUAUUUGUUGACCAGUAGGGAAAGGGGGUAUCUGGGAAAUUUUCUGUGCUGCCUUUAGCCCUCAGUAAGCACAACUCUGCUCUAGUGGGGUGUCAAACCUCAAGCCCCUUCCAUAAGUAGCCAAGUUUAAGUGUAGUUAGCCUCUCGACUACGCAUUUCAUUCCCAUACUGGUGAAUUUUUGUUUCUUUAUCGUUUGAUGAAAAAUAAAAUAUAAAUGUUUUGUUUAGUAUAUUAUAUGAAAAAAAAGCAGAAAUGAAUAAAAAAAAUGUUCUUCUAAUUUUUCUUCAUGUAUACUUUUUAGUAAUGUCAGUAAUGAGUGAUAUAUAAAAAUGUCAGAAUAAGGGGCACCAGUAUCAUAACAAUAUAACCUAUCAGAAUUAUAUAUCUGAUUACCUCCCUCUAACUUUUUCACUUGUAGCUGAGAACCAAGUUGAAUAUUCGGUACAGUAUUAAAUGCUCUCCUCUCUUUUGUGUCUUUUUUUUUUUAAUUUCAUUAUUUGAAAGACACUAUCAUUUAUUUACUGAAUGACUUUUUAAACAAAUAAAAAAAAAUUCUUUA